CGCCCAUAAAGUGGGCGUGUGAACGGGGCAGACCGGAGCCGCGUGUCCCUCCUCGUGUGCCGUAGAAGCUCCACUACACCGGCUCUUAACACACUCACACAGGGAGCAGACAUGGACGCCGAGCAGAUGGGCCCUCAGACCUUCCUUUACGGCUGCGAGCUGAAAGAGGGAAAGGAAGUGACCUUUAACCCCGAGGAUGACGACUUCGAGCAUCAGCUGUCCGUCAGGAUGGCGUGUGUCGAUCCGGCCACCAAAGACGAGCUGAACGUCGUGGAAGUCGAGGGCCAGGACUCGGAGGGUCAGAAGGUCAAAGCCGUGCUGGCCACGCUGAAGCCGUCCAGCAUGCCGAGCGUGUGUCUGGGUGGGUUCGAGAUCAGUCCUCCUGUAGUUUUCCGUCUGCGUACCGGUUCCGGUCCAGUUCACAUCAGCGGCCAGCACCUCAUCAUGAUGAGCGGAGAUCAGUCUUUUGAUGAAGAUGAGGAGGAAGAGGAGGAGGAGAUGAGGACAGCUGUGAAGAGAGGAGCUCCAGCGGCUGCAAAGCCAUCAAAAAAGAUGAAGAUGGAAGAGGAGGAUGAAGAUGACGAUGAGGAAGAUGACGAUGAUGAAGAGGAUGAGGAGGAGGAUGAGGAGGAGGAGGAAGAGAGCGAGGAGGAGACGCCAGUGAAGGCCAAGAAGCCGGCAGCCAAACCCCAGACUCCUGCUCAGAACGGCAAAUCCAACACACCAGCACCCAAACAGAACAAGACACCAGAUGCUGGCAAGAAGAACGAGAAGAAACCACAGACCCCCAAAAGCCCGAAGACGCCCAAAACUCCACAAGCGCCGCUCAGCAUCACGGAGAUCAAGGCCAAGAUGAUGGCUAGCGUAGAGAAGGGAGUGAUGCUGCCCAAACUUCAGCCCAAGUUCGAAAACUAUGUGAAGAACGGCUUCAAAGUGACUGAUGCAAAGGUGAUUGGAGAGCUGUGGCAGUGGAGACAGACAGUGAAGAACUAAUCCAACAUUUUACUUAGUUAAAUUAUGUCGUUGUCUUUUUUUUUUUUUUUUUUUUUAAUUUCUCCCUCCUGAGUUGUUCUGCAUGAUAUCCGUGCCAUUCCUUUUAAAAGUUCCUUUAAAUGUCACUUUAUUCUGCCUGUGUUCCUUGUUUUUCCCGAUUCGGACCUGCCGAGGUGCAACAUCGUCCCGUCUCUCGCAGAAGGAGCUUCAGAAGAUGUCUUCUCUUUUUUUUUUUUUUUUUUUUUUCCCUUUCUUUUUUUUAAUUUUGAGUUUGUCAUGUUCAGAAACUCUUGCAGGUUUCUGAUUCCUCUGAGAAGCUGCGUGAGCUUCUCCUGAUCUGUAAAUUUCAUCAUGAGUGCAGCUAAGGGACGUUGUGUCUGAACAUUUUCUGUGUCGUGUGAGUUUGAAGCAUAUGAAGCUGGACUUGUGAAUAUACUGUAAAAUAGCACAGGUUGGAUGUGUAAGUCUGAGAAAAGCCGCUCUCUACCCUCCGAGUUGGAAUAAAUGAAACGUGUCUGUCAUGCUUUUGCAAUGAAACAAAUUUUACUGCACAGGAAUAAAGAGUUUUGGAAAAAAAAAAUAAUAAUAAUGUUGGCACCUUUUAUGAUUUGUUUCUUUCUACAGUAUGUUGAGUUGCACCUGCUUCAGAGAAGAUGCUUUCUAAACCACGUUUAAUAAAAAGCAAAGAAAAGUGGAAUUUAAA